CUUCCUCUUCCGGGUUGGUGCGUCAGGAGGUCGGAGGUCACGGAGUUGGAAAGUGCUGGCCAUGGCGGCCUCGGAGAGACCCGAAGCAGAGGUAGAGGAGGCCGGGCAGGUCUUUCUCUUGAUGAAAAAGGAUUAUCGAAUUUCACGCAACGUGCGCCUGGCUUGGUUUCUCAGUCGUUUGCAUCAGGUGAUCUGGGCAGUGCCUGAAUCUGAACUGGUGCAUUCAGAUAAUGAGUUGGAUAUUCUCAGCAUCCUUCCAAAUAGCUGGCAACCUGACGAGCCUGUUCAGCCCAGGCCAUAUCUCCUAGUGCCUUCUACACAAGUCACUUUCCUUGCGCGCCAGUACCGUUUUGUGAUUGAAUUGGAUUUGAGCCCUUCUACGGGGAUUGUGGAUGACUCUACAGGGGAGAUAAUUUUCGAUGAAGUGUUCUAUGCCCUGUCCCGGUGUUUAGUGGGGUUGUUAAAGCCUUUUCGGAUCCCAGGCUCGGACAUCAUCUACCAACCUGAGAUCUUCAUCACCAUCCAAGUAUAUUCUUCCAUCAUUGGUCUGCAGACACACCAGGUACUAUUCCAAGGUUGUCUGCUGGAUGAGACCAAAACAGAGACCUUCCUGCAGCAGGUUUAUACACGGCUGUGCACCUUUGAGAACAAAGUGGCUGAGAUGCUCCAGCAGCAGUAUGAGCCCAAAACUCAGGUGGACCUGUCCUCCCUUAACCAGGAACGUCUUUGUGACCCCCAGGAGCCUUCGGGGAGGAAACUGGGCGUCUCUAUGGUCACUGCUGACGUCGGACUUGUCACUAUGAUUCGGCAGGGGAUUCUGGCACUUCAGCUGCUGCCAUCCAACUCCAGUGCAGGGAUUAUCGUGAUCACAGAUGGUGUCACCAGUGUCCCAGAUGUAGCAGUCUGUGAGACUCUGCUCAACCAACUGCGCAGUGGGACUGUGGCUUGUUCCUUUGUUCAGGUGGGUGGAGUCUACUCUUACGAUUGCAGUUUUGGUCACGUUCCCAAUGUGGAGCUCAUGAAGUUCAUUGCCAUGGCAACGUUUGGUACAUACCUCUCCACGUGUCCUGAGGUGGAGCCUUCUAGUUUGGACCUGAAUGUCUACCACAAAGCUUUUCUGCUGUACUCCUUUCUGCGCAGCGGGGAAUCACUGAACCCUGAGUAUUACUGUGUGUCCCAGCACAGGCUGUUCAAUGAACACCUUGUUUCCGCAAGCAGCAACCCUGCCUUGGCUAUGAGGCGGAAGAAGCAUACGGAGAAGGAAGUACAUGCUGAUCUUAUCAGUAUCAUCUCUGUCCGGCUGCGAGAGGGAUAUAGUAUCCGCGAGGUCAACGUCACAAAAGGUGGCACUCAUCUAGAAGUGAAGUUAGUUCUGUUGUGGAAGCACAAUAUGAGAAUUGAAUACUUGGCAGUGGCCCCAUGGCCCUUGGACCCUUCUAAACGUAGUACAUGGGUGGAAGUGACUAUGGAGGGCAGCUAUGACAUUUUGCACGACAUCAGCUGCACCAUGCGGAAACCUAUCACCAGCCUGUACCGCACAACUGUGAUACGCCGCUUCUGGAACACUUUGCAAAGCAUCAACCAAACAGAUCAGAUGCUGGUUCACCUACAGUCAUUUGACAGUGUGCCAGAACACUUCACAAUCCCUGAAAGCACUAGAAAUGGAGUGCCUCUCUUCUACAUUCCUCCAGGAUCCACAACACCGGUACUGUCGUUGCAGCACAGCAGCUCGGACUCCUGCCACUCGCAGUUUGCAGCCUAUUGGAAGCCCAUUCUGUCUAUGGAUGCCAACUUCUGGCAGAGGUGGCUGCACAUGCACCGCAUCGUAAUCCUCUUGGAGCAUGACAUGCCAGUCCCAAAGCAUUUGCACACCCCAGGCAACAACGGCCGCUACAGCACUAUUCAGUGCCGCAUCUCGCACUCGGCGCUGACUUCCUUGCUGCGUGACUGGAGUAGCUUUGUGCUUGUGGAAGGCUACUCCUACGUCAAGCUCAUGCGCAGUUCUGAGGAUCAGCCUCCUUUUUCAUUCUAUGUGGUGCGGAUCAUUUCCAAAGCUCCCUGCAUGGUCCUUCGUCUGGGGUUCCCCAUUGGGACGCUUGCUAAGAUCAGGAACAAAAUAGUAGAAGAAUUAAGAGAUCGUAUCCUUCAGCUGCGCUUCCCCCACAGAGUCCAGAGCAAAGAGGCAACGCCAAAAGUGAAGCGGAAAGCCCUGGGCAGCAGCUCCCCAUCGAAAUCUCCUCCUGUGCCUGGGGCCCAGCCAACCCUCUCGGACAGGCCUUGCCUUAUUGUGCUGCACAAGCCUCUGGAGAAGCUCCUGAUUAGAUAUGAAAAGUUGCCCUCUGACUAUCGUGUUCCAUGCCUCCUGCCUCUGGAGAAUCCCCCCAUGUCUGGCCCUCUCACCAUGGUGGCCAACCGCACAGCUUCCUCCACCCUGGCUUCCUUGUCUCGCUACUUCUACCACCAGCGCUGGAUCUGGUGUGUGCAGUCGGGGCUGGUACCCACAGUGCCCAUCACAGCCGUGGCGCAACUGCUGUCCACUCUCACAGAGGUUCGUCUGUCCGAGGGCUUUCAUUUUGCGUCCAGUGGCGAUGGAAUUAUCAGUAUGGUGCUGGAGUUGCCCAUGAAGAGUGACUCCUCAAGAGAGAGCGGCAGUGAGAAGCACAGCUGCAUUGUCCAAUACGUGCUGUUCCCUCCACAUUCCACUUCAACCAAAGACAGUUUCUCCACAGAUGAUGACAAUGAUACAGAGGUGGAAGCUAUUGAGGUGGACAUGGAGCUGAACCUUGUUACAGAGUGCUGGGUGGAGCCACAAAGUGGCUGUGUGAAUAGUGCAUCAGACAGCUGGCGGCACUUACAUGGCCUGUCUUACCAGAAAAUUCCCAAAGCGCUUUACCCUCGAGAUCUAAUGUGCAUCCAUACCAUGCUUGCCUUUGAGUAUAUCAGCCAGCUGUGCCAGAACAAGGACUGGGUCUUCCCAGCAUGUGAUCCAAGACCCACUACUGCCGAAGGUUGUGGUGCUUCAAGCGGCUCUCGGGUACAUGAAAUUCCAUUCCAGUUUGACCUCAUGAAGCUAUUGCCAAAGUGUCAGCAGAUUGAAAUGUCCUUCCUGAUGCUGACAGGAGAGGAUGAUGGGAUCACAAAGGACUCUUCCUUCUUGCCCAAUGAAAUGCUCCUCAGCCUCUUCCAUGGCUGCCUCCAGCAUGACCUCAGCGACAGGGAGAUCAUGCUAUCUGGCACAGAUCAUAUAAGCUUCAUGGAGCAGGUGCUGCAGCGGGACAGAGAUGGCCACCCAGCCCCAUUUAUGCUCCCAGUGGUCCAAGAGCCUCCCAAGGCCUCUGUGCUCCCUGAACAUCGGGAUCCAGCCAACACCUACCGUUCUGUUGGCAGCAACGACAGGGCUACCUCUGCAAUUACACAACAGGCUCCAAACAAUGCAGAAGGGUCAAGAGAUGAGACCUUGCCAGCACCUGAGGACCUCUUCCCCCAGUGGCGAUGCUAUGCCAAGCUGGUAAAUCCACAGCAUCUUUUCCUCACCUUCCUACCAGCUACAUUUCCAGACAUACAGAGGUUGAUGGCUCAUGGGACAGAUAAAUCUUCCAAAGAGCAGGAACCAACACUUUCCCAAGGAGAAAAGGAGCUGGAGACUGCAGGGGUGCUUCCAACCGUCAGUGUUACGCCAGCCAAUGAAAUUGGCCAGGACUUGGGAGAUCCAGACGCAGUGCCGAGAAGAGAAGGGCGUAUUUCCUUCAGCCGCCAGACAUCUCAGCUUGACCUGGGUGAGAGCUGCCGAGCCCGCUGCCCUGUCUAUGUCUACAGCUGCUCCUUGGAGCUGUUGCGGGAGCAGAUGAUCAGUCCCAGGCUAGAUAAGCCUCUGCGGGACAUCUUUUUCAGAAGCCAGUCAGUGGAGCGCCCCACCAGUGCUCCCUGGCUAGAUGCCAAGCACAAGGAAUUGCUGAGUUUCUGUACCUUGCUGCAAGAGCAUUCCCAUCAGUGCUAUGUGAAAGGGCUGUUCCAGAGCCUACAACAGGGCCACAGCAUUAGCUGCCCUGAUCUGCUCAUAGCCAUGGAUUAUUGUGAGGAGCUCUUGCAGGAGAUAGACAUCACGAGCUUUCUGCUUACUCUGUGCAACCACGUGCGAUCCUUCUGUGAGCGCCACCAGCAUCUGCCCACCAGCUUGGAAGGGGAAUCGACGCAGGCCCCCCGAGCGCGGGGUGUGCUAGUCUCUGUUUCCAGUGCUGAGACGGAGGAUUUUAGUGAGCCAGAGUCCCAUGUUUCGGCCUGCCCUCCCCAAGAACCCAACCCCAGCUGCUGUUCAGAGUUCCCCCUCUCUCUGCUAAAGAGCAGCCAGCCUUGCCAGGAGCACCCAAACUUGCACAGGAUCAUCCAGGAAAAGUUCUUGGAGAUUGGCAGCUUGCAUUUCAAGCCAGUGCCGUCCAAUCCUCAUUAUUACUUCUACUGCCCUCCUUCUGCCAAAAAAGAGGAGGAGGCCUCUCGGGACCAUACAGAUAGGAAAGGCAGUGAAGACGUGGAAAGUUCAGAAACUGAACUGGCGGCGGAUGAAGGCAAUGCAUCCGCCUGUGGCAUUGGAACGGAGAGUGACCCCGAACUGGAAGUAGAGUAUCGGGAACGGCUGGACCACGAAUUUCUAGAAGCCGACUCUCUGUCGGACUCCAACACUGUUAACCAGGACGAGGACUCCUUCAGCGUGCUGGGAGACUCUCUGGCAGAGCAAGAGCUGCUGGAACAGGACAUGCCACCGCUCUUUGUGCACAUGACAUGCUCGGUGAAGCUGCGCAGCCAGCACAGUUCCAUGCCUGUUCGCUCGCUGCCCACCUGCCUAGGGGAGGUACUGGGCUGCUUUGAGAGCUGCAAGGCGCUGCACACCAUUGACCUCUCAGACCUGUGUGUGACCCUCGACAUUUUUGUUCUGACCCUCCCCCUGGAAAUCGAAACGGUGAACGAUCUGCAUCACAAUAGGUACACCUCUGAGAGUAGCGUCUCCUUCACCCGUUCCCCAGGGCGGCCUUCCUCCUUCCGCUCCGAUGAGGAGCUUAUGCACACCUUGGACAGGUUGCCCUCCACUGUGGAUGAUGGGCACCCAGCACUUUCCAAUCUUCCUGGAGUGCACAGACAAGCCGUUGAAGCUACCAUGACAGAGAUCCGCUGGCUUUUGGAUGACGAGAUUGUGUCUGCCUUGCGCCAUUCCCGGAGAAUUACCUCUGGCACUUUGAGCCGGGUGGCUACCCAUGUUUACAGUUCUCAAGGCCGUCCUAGCUGCCACUGUGAAACGGUUCCUUUGCAGUUCGUGUUUGGGCCUGAGAGCUCUCUGGAAAAGUUUCGUGAGGAGUUCCAGAGAAUAGCCCUACCAGGCUAUGUGCUCAACGCUGAAGACAGUGAUUUCUACUAUGUUUCCAUCAGUCGCCUACAUGCCCCCAAAGAUGGUCCUAGCCCCACAGUGACGCUUGAGAGCACCAUGACUGGAGGCAGGUGUGAAAGCAGCAUCAAAACAGAAGGCUCUUUGCCCUGCUCCCCUCCGCCCGAGGAGGCUCAUGGUCUCUGGGCAUGGCCAGCGAGUGAGAACAAGCAGGAGGCAGAAGAAUUCCUGGACUUGUCAGAUGAAGUUCCACAGCCGGAUCAAGCCCACACUUCGGAGUGUGGCUCCAUGGAUGAGGAAUCUGCCGUGACCCAGCCACAGCCUCUGCCGUGCUCCUUGGAGAAGUGGAACAGUGAGAAAUCUCCCUUAGCAACACCAUCUGUAGCGAGCCUGGCAGACUCUGUGACUCCAGGCUGUGGGAAGCAGCGUCCCAGUCGGGUACAGAGCCUGGUAUCGAGCCAGGGCAGUAUGGAUUCCGAUCUCCUAGGCUAUGAUGGCGGGAGCAGUGAUUCCGAAUGUGAGGAGGCAAUAAUGAGUGACCUGGAACCCAAGUGCCCUCUCAUGCCUGACUUCUGGCUGAUUGUCAAAAUCCACCAGGACCGGGUGGAAGUCUAUUCCCACACACGCAGCUUGAGUGCGGUGAAAGCAGCGCAGAAUGAGGAAGGGGAAUGUGUGCAUCUUCACCGUACAGUGGUGAAGAAAGUUGGUGAGAUCUGCCGCCUUGUUAAUCAGCGGCUGCUGCUACAGGAUCUGCACGACAGUCAUAAUUGCAAUUCCCUGCUCGUGGCUGAGAGCGAGGAGGAUAUCUGGAAAAGUGAAACGCCGUACACCUACCGGCAGCGCACUGGGCCUGAUGACUACCCAGGAGAGGAGAGCUACCAGCCCCAUGACUAUCUGGCGGCCACCAUGCAGUUCAUACCCGGACACUUUGCUUGUGACGCAGUCUGGAGCACCACCAUCCAUGUGCAUUCACGACUCAAGAUGGGACCCAAUAUGGGUGUUGCACGCGCCAUCCAGGCUCUGCGUUCUGUGCUCAAUGCUUUCUCAGUUGUGAACAGGAAGAAUAUGUUUGUUUACCAGGAGCGCUCAACCAAGUCUGUUUUCUAUUUACGACUCUCUGAGACCACUUCCAGUGGGAAGGGUGGGGAAGCUGAAACCCAGAGCCUUCCAUGCCGUUCACUGGCCCUUUCGCGCAGCCAGGAGCCCAUAUACAUGGAGGACCUGAGCGGCUCUCGCUCCUCUUUGGAGACAGCCUCUUUCCGCAGUGUGGACUCGGCCCGCCCGGUGAGCCAAGUGGACAGGCAUAUCCAGCUGGUGGUUCAUGGAGUUGCACCGGCAGGACCUGAGAUCACAGAUGAGCUAGUGAAGGUUCUACGCAGGCGCCUAGAUGAAGCCACCCUGGACAUCAUCACAGUCAUGCUCGUGCGGAACUGCAAGCUCACCCCUGCUGAUGUGGAGUUCAUACAGCCUCCAGGAAGCCCACCUACUGAAGUGCUGCAGUUCACUCUGCCCCCCUCGUGCCUGCCCUGGCUCCCGGCCAUAGCCUGCUACCUGCGUCAGAACCUGCUGAUCUUCCUGCACACACCCAAGUACACAGACAGCAACAUUGAGAACCAUUUCAAGCACUAUUUCCACCAGAGUAGCAGCAGCAGCCAUGACCUGGAUCUCUAUCUGUACAACAAGCCUGGAGGCCAGGGCACUGGUGGCAAAGGCAUUGCAUGCAUUGCCCUAUCCUUUGUGGACGACCGUGGAAAUCCCAUCUCAUUGACUCGCUGGGUGAGACCACCCACCGCAUUGCUGAGCACAUCCUUCCUCCAGGAGGCAGAUUUCGAGAGCUUGACAGCUGUCACUAAGCACCAGGCUGAGCCUGGCACGUCACAGCCAGCACUCUGUCCUCUGGUGCGCCUGGACAUUUGGGAGAAGGGCAACAUCAGCCUGCUGCAGCUCUCCGAAAGGCUGCGCAGUGCUCUUCGCCAUGCCCUCUGCGACGCCCUCAUGGAGUUCCGUGUGCUGCCCAACCCACUGUGUGUCGAUCCAUCUGCUGAGCCAGAGUUUCCAGGGAGUGUCGGAAGCCUGCGCCGGACGAUGUCAGAAACCAAAGGGUUGACGCCGCCUGGCAGGCGCCGAGGAGCGUGUCCACCUGCUCUGCAUUUCACUGUGCCCACUGCAGCUGCUGGUGAGCCGGUCACACCCACCAACAAGUUGGGGAGACGAAGCUUCUGGGACAUGCGGAGCAAACCAGAGGCGGUAGAGCAAGGGAGCCCCAAGACCACGGAUGACAUAGUGCUGGAGCGGCCUGAAGAGAGCCGAACCCGCCGCCGCCACAAGACCGAGAGUGUGAAACAGCCCUCGAGCCACGAACGUGUUGCAGCAGCUUCCGAGCAGGGGCAGGCCCAGAGGCGCCGGGCCUGCCAGCUAGAGGAGGGGGAUGUCGGAGUCCUGCACCCAAUUUUCAGCCAGACCUGCCAGUCCUGGAUGGCAUUCAUGAACCGCCUGGGGUGUCCCUCAGUGCAGCAAUGUGCCACGGAAAGUGUGUCCCGCUUCCUGCUCCCCUCCAUCAUGCUUGAGGUAGUGAACCUAGUCACUACUUUGGCAAAUGACACCACUGUCAAAGUGUUUGAAAAAGUCAGUGGUCCCCAAGGGGUGUCCUUUGUGCCACAUUCCCUGACACCAAGCACCAGCACUCGGCCAGCUGUCAUUCGACACUUUGCCCUGCUUGGACGCAGCUUCCACCAGUGGCACUGCAGCACAGAGCAAGCCACCAAGGGAUUGCAGCGUUUUGAGGCCACCGAGCUUGGGUCUGCAGAGAAAAGUUGUGAUGUAGCUCCCCGACAAAGAUUCCUUUUCAUGGAGAUCAUUGACAAAAAGCUGGCGCUGCAUACCUACAACUGGUCAGUGGACCAGGGCAGUGCCCUGAGCAGCUCCCUCACCCGCUUGCUGCAGUGGCAGAAUGCCCGCGCCCAUGUGGUGCACUGCCUGAUCAGCCAGAAGCUUGGGCUCUUCCAUCACUACUGCUACAUGGACACCCCGUGGCAUGAGGACAGCAAACAGGAGCAAAAUCCCUUCCUGAACUCAACAGUGGAUGUGGAUCUCCUGAUCCGGAGCCCUAGCGUCCCUGCAGGCAGGGAGCCCGGUCGCCUCGGCAGCUCUGCCCGCAUCCUGCAGCCUCUGCACUUCCCUCCGGAUAUGGUGCCCUUCGACGAGGCCCUCCGAGACGUCUCGGUCAACCAGCCUACCCUUCAUAGCCCAGAGAUGGCCACGCUCGACCGUGUGGCCCAGCACGGAGCUCAGUUUCUGGAGAUCAAGAGCAUGGAGCGGAAAGAGCUGGAGAAACAGAUGAAAAUUGAGAAUCUCUUUGUGACGUGGCAACAGCGGUCUGCACAGUCCAACAUGCCCAUCACUCUUGCAGAUCUGGAAACGCUGAAGCAGUCCUCCCGCCUGGUCCAUUAUUGUGCCACGCCGUUGCUCUUUGAUCCCACCUUCCGGCAACAGAUUCAGGCUGACCAGCAGAACAAGCCGGAGGGGAAGAAGCGACACCGCUCAAAUGACUCCACGGCAUCCGGUAGGGACCGCAGCCACAGCUGUGACUCCGCAGAGGGGCUGCCAUGUCGGACCAAGGAUGAGGCCUGGCUGCUGGAGCUGUGCCACACUUUCCUGCAGCAGUACAUCCAGUACCUGCAGAGCAUGGGCUUCAUUGUGGUGCAGGUGCGCCCGCCGUCCCCCACCCGCAGCAGCACCAGCAGGAUCCGAGCUCUGGCAGCAAUGGGCAUUGAGGGCCGGGCCUCUUUCUCAUACACCAGGCCAAAGGCGGAGGGGAGCCCAAAGAGCGCCAGCCCUCCUGUCACCACGUACCACUUGCAGAGAGCUCUGCCUGGGGGCAUCGUGCUCAUGGAGCUAGCUUUCCAGGGCUGCUAUUUCUGUGUGAAGCAGUACGCACUGGAGUGCUCACGAAUCCCUAUGGGGCAGACUGUCAACUCACAGCUUUCUAUGCUCUUCACGGAGGAGUGCGACAAGGUGCGUGAUCUCAUGCAUGUGCACUCGUUCAGUUACGAUUUCCACCUGCGCAUCGUGCACCAGUACCUACUUGGAUCCCAUAUGGCGCUGCGGCAAGGCUAUCACCUCACCAGCUUUCUGGAAGACUUCAUUGCCCAGCACCCUGACAUCCCCAAGUUUGGACGCAAUCACAUCUUCCAAGGUGCGCUGACCUUGCCUACCAGCUCCAUUACAGCACACCAGCUGUACAACUAUAUAACUGACCACGCCAACACCUAUCAUAUGAAACCACUGCGCAUGGCCAAACCAGGAACUAACGCUGAGGGCAAGAAGGGCACUCCCAGCCCUGAGCAAAAUGAGUAUGCCCUAGUCUCCAUCUGGAACAGCUCUGGCUCCUACAAGGAUUCAGAGGGGUUGCGUCACCACGACGACUUCGAUGUCUCCAUGCUUGUGUUCCACAAUGCUGCUCCCUUUGAGGAGCAAAGUGAGUCAGAGCGACAUAUGCUAAGGUUGCACUUCUACGUGAUCAUGACAAGCCAACGGGAGCUGUUUCCACGACUAACGGCCGACAUGCGCCGUUUCAAAAAGCUGCCACGCCUGCAACGGGACACGCUGGAGCCAGUUCUGGGACGUGCCGCCUGGGAGACGGCAGAGGGGGGCUGGCAGCGGAAGGAAGUGCCAGAGCCCUGGGAGGAGGUGGAGGACAGUGGGGAGUUCUAUGCAGGAGGUCCCCAGGUCAAGGUGGGCCCCGGGCUCUUCUACACAUCCCCGCUCUUCCCGCUUCUUGCCUCCGAGGUGGCUGCUGCCCAGAAGCAGCUCAGCAGCAUGGUGCAGCUUGCCAAGUGCCACUGCCGCCGAGACAACCUCUGGAAGAGGCUCUUCCUGCUUGAGCCGCUUGCUUCUGACAAGCUCAAGCUGGGCAAGCUCUCCCUCGGCGAGUUGGAGGAGCUGCUGGACGCCGUGCACAGGAAAUCGAUUGCUGACAUUGAUCCCCAGCUGAGUUGCUUCCUCACCAUGACAGUCUCCUGGUACCAGAGUCUUAUCAAGGUGCUGCUGAGCCGUUUCCCCCAGAGCUGCCGCCAUUUCCAGAACGCAGAUGCUGGUACUCAGUACCUGGUCGUGCUGAACCAGAAAUUCACAGACUGUUUUGUGCUUGUAUUCCUUGAUUCCCAUUCAGGAAAAACGAGUCUGACCGUGGUGUUUCGAGAACCAUUCCCAGUGCAGCCCCAGAACAGCGAGAGCCCCUUGCCGCAGCUGGUGUCCACGUACCACCAUCUGGAAUCGGUCAUAAACACAGCUUGCUUCAAUCUCUGGACAGGGCUGCUCUAGUGUUGGUUGGCUCCUUCCACCUGGGGCAUGCUGCACAGGCCCAGCUGGGGCGAAGAGGCCACCGCAAGUGGCAGAAGCACACAUGGGGGACCGUAGUGGGUGAUGUGAGGCUACAGCUGGCUGGGUAAGAGCUUGGUUAGGACA